AACCUGUCAACUUCCAACAUUGAACCAGAGCCACAAGAACAUCAUUGAAAUGAAAUACAAAAGCUCAAACCGAACAUACUACUUCAGCUAAGCUAACCAUCACGACCCUUUCCUGAGUCCUACUUCUUCACCGGAAUUUUGGUCGGAAAUAAUGGCCGCCGUCACAACACAAGCUUCCGUUGCCGUUUUCCGGCCAUGUGCCUCCAAAACCAGGUUCCUCACCGGGUCUUCCGGUAAACUGAACCGAGAAAUCUCCAUUAAACCAGCAGCAUCUUCAUCGAACAAUUCAUUCAAAAUCGAAGCGAAAAGGGGCGAAUGGUUACCGGGCUUGGCCUCGCCGGUUUACCUUGAUGGAAGUCUUCCUGGUGACAAUGGAUUCGAUCCUUUGGGGCUGGCCGAGGACCCUGAGAACUUGAAAUGGUACAUCCAAGCCGAGCUUGUCAACAGCCGUUGGGCCAUGUUGGGUGUCGUCGGAAUGCUGUUACCGGAAGUGUUCACAAGUUUUGGGAUAAUCAAUGUUCCCAAAUGGUAUGAUGCCGGGAAAGCAGAGUACUUCGCAUCAUCGUCCACCCUAUUUGUGAUCGAGUUCAUACUGUUCCACUACGUUGAGAUCAGACGGUGGCAAGACAUCAAGAACCCUGGAAGUGUCAACCAAGAUCCCAUCUUCAAGAACUACAGCUUGCCUCCUAACGAAUGUGGCUACCCCGGUGGCAUUUUCAAUCCCCUCAACUUUGCACCCACCCUCGAGGCCAAGGAGAAAGAGCUUGCCAAUGGGAGAUUGGCGAUGUUGGCAUUCUUGGGGUUUUUGGUCCAACACAAUGUGACUGGAAAAGGGCCAUUUGACAACCUCUUGCAGCACCUUUCAGACCCAUGGCACAACACCAUUGUCCAAACACUCCGUGGUUCGUAAACCAAAUAGAGAUGAAAAGGAAGAUCUUGUUUGAUUGUACUUUGUAGUAAUGAGUGAAUGGUUGUGACUGAGGUUUAAGCUUUUUUAUUGUAAACAAUGGGCAGCUUUGAUGUAAAUUGGAAUUAAUUAAGAUGGCUAUUAUCAGUUCAUGUAAUUUCCACUUGAUACCGGCCGUCCUUCUAGCUUGGUGGUUGUGGACCUAAAAUUCCAAUCCUCAGGUUGUGGCUUCGAGGGCUUGUAGAGAGGGAAAUAUGAAGUAUUCUAAAAUACCUCCCUUUAAAAAAAUAAAAUAAAAAUUUCCACUUGAUCAUCAACAAUAUCGAGCUUAUUUUCUUACAUAUUUGUAAUUUUUUAGUUAUUAAUUUUUGA